AUGUCCCGUCUGUCCAUGAACUGUCUACGCUACAGCGGCUACACCGCUAUCAUCAGUGCCCAGGUUAUUAUCCUGGCAUUUGGAUAUGGAUUUCUUGGCGCAGUUCUCUAUUAUGGUUACCUUUCUCCACCUGAUCGAGUCGGCAACUUAUGGAAGCAUCACCCCCAAGAGUUGACCAUGGUAGUCACAUUAAUAGCAACUGUGCUUUCAGUCACUACCGCUACUCUUUUCACAUUUUCAAUCAAGGAGGCAUUGAGACACCGGAUAUCGCGGCCAAUCUCUCUCGUUGAGCUAAGCGCCGGUGUCGCUUUGGCGAAGGGCUCCAUCAUAUUGAGACCUGAGCACUUGCCACUGACCAUCCUGACAUUGUUCGUCUUUGGUGUGCUGAGACUUUUGACAGCUGGGUGGACGACUCUCUUGACACCAACCUACUUCCUAUGGCCGAUUGAGAUGCAAGGAUCCGAACUUGAUAUUACUGGAAUCGCCUUUUCCAACUUGCUCUCCUACGAACUUCAAAAGCAAGGUUUUUCUGACAUCUGGGACGAUGCUUUUGAGGUUCUCGACAUCGGCGGAAUGCUAAGUGGAGUCUCUGCUGCAGGGAAUACCUUUGGUCUUCCUGGCACAUUUAAUUUCAAUGGCACAAAAUAUAAUGUAUCCACUCAGGGGACUGUGCCCAUCAUCGAGGAUUAUUCCGGCUCAGAUGGAGUUCCGAGUGUCGACGGCACUCGUCUUGGCUUUUCUGGUGGAAACGUCACAGUCAACACAGCACAGAUACCGGGAAAACACACCAGCAUGUCUAUUCCUCGAGGCUUCAGCAGGAGCUAUUCGAUGUUGCAGCAGGGGUUAACAGCCGAUGUCAGCUGCCAGCCCAUUGGGAGUCAAGCGCAGUACAUUUGGAACACGGAUAACUCCUCCGUUAUCUAUACCAAUGCAGCUGCUCUGAACAACUCCAUCACUGGUCUUUGCCUGUAG